CGGAGAGAAAAGAAAAGUAACAUAUAAAUUGAAACCGGCUUUGGCCCUUGGAAGCACAACAACAACAACAGAUGUAGUCAGAUGGAGAACUCGCCGGCUUUAAACAAAAGGCGCUCACUGACGCUAAGCAGCCGCUUGCUGCAAAAACGUCACAGUGCUUCACCGCAGAGCUGCUCACGCGCAGGCACGGAUGCCAAGGAUGCUGACGCCCCAGGCUCUCCCCUAAUGCGAUUAAACACAGCUAGCAACUUGGACUAUACGCCACCUGGUAAGAAGUCUAGUUAUCUGGAUGACAGCGUAGACUUCUCGCCACGCAACAGUCUCUCGCCAAGCUGUUUGUUCUCACAAACGCUGGUCAACGGCAGUCCGGAAGUGAGUUGGCGCUGGAAUCGUGAGAAUAAGAAGCGUGGUGAUAAAGUCAACACUACAACAGACAGCGGCUUCGAUUCCGGAGAGUUUGGUGCGCAGAAGAAGGAGCGACAUCAACGCGUGCAGGCGGAUGAACUGCGGCGCAAGCAAUUCGACAAUCGGCAAUGGCGUGCGCAGCAAAUGCGCGACCAUGAGCUGCUCAAGGAGCGCUGCGAUAAGCUGCAUCGCCAGCUGGAUGAGCAAGCGGACACACAACCAGCCAGCACAGCUAAAGCGGAUGCAGCGCUGGCUGACUUUCUAAACGAUUCUGAUACAGAUUGUUUUCUCGUGGAGGCUUCACAGCAGCUUGAGUCCAAAAUAGCGCACAAGCCAAGCGUUAAAGCUGCGCCUGUAGUCACCACGCCCACCAGUCAUCACAAAGCGCAGACAGACAAACGCUCUUCGUUCUAUAUGAAGUUCUUGGAGGAUGAAAGCGAGUCCGAGGAUUGGCUAGCGGCACUGGAUGAAGUCAUGGUAGAGGCAACGCAGCCCAAGAAGCCACGCAUGUCCUUGCAGCGCUACAAAUCAAUGCCAACAGCCAACGAUGCUCAAGUCAGUAGUGAAGUGAUCAAUAAUAACACAAAGCAGAGCUCAACAGCUUCAACAGCUGCUGAAACGCCACGCAUCAAGCGUCAUGCCAGCUCGCAUGCCCUGUCACCGGCUGCUGCCACAAGUGGCAACACGCGGCAAACUUUUUGGCAGACGGAAAUAAUGAGUUUGGGAAUGUACUUCUAAUGAAAUUGACGCCCACACACACACACACACACAAUGAGAUGAAAAUGAUAAUGAAAAUGUUCCAGUUCCAACAGCUUCCCAUCAACAACAUGAAAAUAUAUAUUCAACGAAAUGUGAUGCGCAAAAAGUUGAAGAACUCAACUCAAGUUUUAGUUCGCCUUUUUGCCAAACUUUGUUUUGUUUUGCUUUGCUUUGCUUUGCUUACCUUUUCGCCAUUACUUGUUCACUCCAUACGUACCGUAUAGGUUAAUUAAAUUCCAACAGUUUAUAAGCUAUGCUGUAAGUUUUGUAUUUAAGCUCAAUUAAAAUUUAAUUGUAAUUUAAAGUUGGUCCUCGAAUUGCGCGCUAAUGGCAUUAUUUACGCUCCGCGCAUGCGACACACCAUAUGCUGCGUAUUAGUGGCUCUCAAGUGGCACGAAGUUGCGGACUGAGGCGACUAGGCUACCUGGCCUGGCUUGGCUUGGCUUGUGACGUCAAGAAGGCAGCCAGCCAGCCAAAACGCUGUUGUGGCACAACUUGCUUAAUUGAUGGCUUAUAAUUAAGGCUUAUUAUUAAUUUAAUGCAGUAUUUACCUAAAAGCUAAAGUGUUAAAUUUUGCUUGCUGUGUGUC